UCUUAUCAGCGCGGGCGGCUCAUGUUUCACGGAGCGUGGAGACAAACAGAAGGAUGACCGUGUUAGAAAAAACAGCCGUGAACCAUGAAACUGAGUCUAGUAAAUGCAGUUCACGCUUCUGGAGGGUCUUUUCUCACCUGAUGCUGUUCGGCACCUUGGUGGCAUACGCAGUGCUUGGCGCGCUCAUCUUUAUGCAAGUUGAAGGAGGGAUCGAAUCCAGCACCGAGCAUGAGUACCGGAUGUUUCUGGCAGAGCUAGUCCAGAUUGUCCAGAACGAUACCAGUAACGGCUCCCGUACACACAGCAUAACAGUUAACAAUGUUGAGAAAAAAAUGAAGGAGUUCAAGACCGUAUGGUUCCAGAGCCCCAGCAGAUGGCAUUUUUUUGGUUCCAUGUUCUUCUGCUGCUCUGUCUUUACAACUGUUGGGUAUGGGGAAAUCUAUCCAGUUACCUUGCCUGGUAAAGUGCUAUGCAUCCUAUAUGCUAUGAUUGGCAUCCCUCUCAUGCUUCUGGUCAUUCUUGAUGUGGGGGACUUUCUCGCAUGGAUGUCGUCCAAGUCCUAUAAUCACAUGCACACUCUCUUCAAGUCACUUCGCCCCCACACCUGGUCACCAUGGAAGACUCGCAGAAGAGAACUUGGGCCAGACCAUCGGACUCUGGAAAAGGGCACCUUUGUUUUCAGCCAGGACGUAGUGAUUCGUCAACCUCUAGAUAUCCAGCAGGUGUUGCACACCCACUCAGAUAUUCGACACAAGUCUAUAUGUCUCCAAAAAAACAAAGAUAUCUUUGAAAAGAUCCUGGUGCAGGAGAAUUUACUGAGAAAGAAUCCACUGCUCAGGUCCCUCUCCUGCCCUGAACUAGACCUGCUACCACCACCUGUAAAUCCCCUAUGGGAUUUUACAGGAUUAGGGGGGGUAAUGGAGGAGUUUGAUGUUCCAUUUAUACUGAUACUUUUCAUUGUAUGUGCUUACAUUUGUGUUGGAGGUUUGAUUCUGCAAUUGUGGGAAAAGGAAAUUAAAAUAUUUGACCUUUACUACUUUUGCUUCAUCACAUUCACUACCAUUGGAUUUGGUGACAUCAUACCCAAACACCCCAAAUACUUCAUGUUUAUCUCACUUUUUAUCAUUAUUGGCAUGGCUAUUAUGUCCAUGGCUUUUAAGCUGAGCCAAACUAGAAUUGUUUGCUGUUAUCGGAAAUGCAUCCAGUUCUUUAGCUGGGGAAAUACAAACACUCCAAAAUAUGAAGAGAACAACUAAGUAAGGAUAUUCUGCAACAAUUGUUGGGAUUUUGGAAGUUUGUAUUACCUGGUUUUCACCAGUUAUUUAUUGUGCCUGUUUAUUCUAAGCAUAAGUAAAGUAAAAACAUGCAUGUUUCAAACACUACUCUGUGAAAGGAUGUCAUAUUUCAAAUUAUUUGUAUUUAUAGAUUUAAACACUGCUCAUCAGCUACACUAUAUUGCCAAAAGUAUUGGGUCCUACCACCAAAUCAAUAAAUUAUAGUGUUCCAAUCACUUACAUGGCUGCAAGUGUAGAAGGUUUGCUGUGGAGAAACUCGACUGACCCGAACAGAGUCCUGACCUGAACCUUCUUGAAGAACUUUGGGAUGAAUUAGAGCUGAAGCUUCAAUUCUGUUUUUCUAAUCUAACUAAGAACACACUCCUAAACCUUGUGGAAGAUGUUUAGAGAACAGUUAAAGUUGCUGUUGCUGGAAAAGGUGGCUCUAUCAACAAAUUGGACCUUAUGGUUAACAAUAGGAUGUCAUCAAAGUUCAUGUUCCUGUAAAACCAGACAGACAAAUACUUUUGGCAAUAUUGUGUAUAUCAUGUGAGAAAAAAAAAUGUUUUCUGACAGUUUCAUUUAAUGAGUAUUUUAUUUAAUUGAUUUACUGCAGAAUAUGCAAAUAAACCUAAAUUCUUUUCACUACAUGGAAUUGAUUGCAAUUUGUUUGCAAAUUGUUGUUUGCGUUUUGACAUUUGUAUUUGUUGUAUAAUUAAAGGU